AGUUAUUGACAAUAUUAAACUUAAAGUCUUUCAUAAGUCUGUGAAUUAUUCUGAAAUAAUUAACGUGUAGAAAUAAUUAGCAUGUUCUGUGUGUGUAGUUGACAUGCGAAUUGUUGAAAACGAACGAUGAAUCGUUUUAUUAUUUUUUUACUCUCUGCUGCAUUUGUCGUCAUCACGAUACAGACGACAGACUUCCAGGAUAACCUCAUAAAUGGCUAUAGAACGCUGAUAGCGGACAUCCAGGUUCGAACUCAAAAAUCUCGCGAAGACAUGGACACCCUAGUCUCACAGAUUAAGUUACUCAUGAAAAAUGAAGCAGACAAAGCAAUAAACUACAUGACUAUCUACUUGGAACAGAUAUCUAUGUAUUUCCAAGUAAUAAUUCACGAUCGCAAACCCCGCAACGGCACUUACUGCAAGGAGAGCAUUGUUAAACUGCUCGGGGAGAAUUUGCAGCUUGCUGAUGAGAACGUAACCUUAUGUCUAGCUUUGGGCUAUCAACGAGUACAGCGGCUGCCAGAAAAGUUACAAGUACAUUUUGAAACGUUGGAAAAUCUGAAGAAAUAUUCGGCAUCGAAAUUAUUCGAAUGUCAGAAACAGCAGCAAGUAGGAGGAAACUGUUCUCAUGAAAGUCAAGACCUUGAAAGGACAGUGUUUUUAUAUGAAACGUCACCAUUUCCCGUCGUGAUGGCAGAAAUCGCGAUACAUGGCUUCAAAGAAGUGUCCGAUUUAAGUGUUUGUCUCAAGGACAUUAUAUCGCGAAUGAUGACUCAUUCCGUCAAAGUCAUUGGAGACUUCAAUAGAUGCAUUCACAACAUUGAGAUGCCGAAACUUAAGUAUUUACUGAAAUUCAUGAAGAAGUAUGCAUGAAAAGUUAUUUUCUUGCUUAAAACAUUUUCAUAGUACUUAAUUUAAAAGAUCACCUUAAGUAAUCUCCGUAUAGGCAUAAUUGAAGGAAUAUAAGAUGUGAACUAUAAAUUUUAAAACAUUAAUAACGUUUGAAUGGAAGCAGA